GUUUAUAGCGACUUUGGUCUGGCAGGUAUGCAUUAGAAAAGAAGCGCCGUAGCAGAGGAAAUUCAAGAAUGGGGAUACAAAACCCUAGCAAAAACCUCAACCCUAAUUGGGCUCAGCUUCAGGAGAAGCUGAAAAGUAUUGAACCCAAGCCUUACUUCUCCAAACAUUCAAGCAAACCAGAUACAGAAUCACAGAGAAGCUUAUUAGGGAAGCGCAAGCAGAGGUCGGAUGAGGAUUCUCAUGUUUUAGAAGUCAAUCCUUUGAUUCCUACUUCGUCUGAUUGCAGUGUCACAGAUGUGGUGGCGAUGGAUUGUGAGAUGGUUGGUGUUAGCCCAAUGGGCAACAAGAGCGCUCUUGGAAGAGUCACUGUGGUAAACAAAUGGGGAAAUGUUAUAUAUGACGAGUAUGUCCGCCCCGUUGACUAUGUUGUUGACUUCCGUACAGAGAUAAGUGGUAUUCGACCAGGAGAUUUGAGGAAAGCAAAGAAUUUCAAUGCUGUUCAGAAGAAUGUAGCGGAUAUGAUACAUGGUAGGAUUCUUGUUGGCCAUGCAUUGCGUAAUGAUCUAAAGGCGUUGCUGUUGAGUCAUUCAAAGAAGGAUAUACGAGAUACAGCAGAAUAUGCACCGUAUCUAAAGGAAGGACGCAGUCGCUCCUUGAAGAACCUAGCAGCCGAGUUUCUUAACGUUGAUAUUCAAAAUGGAGAGCACUGUCCGAUAGAAGACGCCCGAGCUGCAAUGCUGCUUUAUCAGAAAAACCGAAAACAAUGGGAAAGGAGCAUCAAAGAUUUCUCGAGGAUCAAGGAAAACCAGAAGAAACGCAAGAAUAAAAAGAAACCUAAAGUUACUCCAAUGUUAUAAUAAACUCCCGUCUCCUAGCUUCAAUAUAGUGAGCUAAAAUCUCCGCAGAAAGCAGCUCAAAUGUAUCAUCGUGCAAUUUGAGGUUUGUUCUAUAGAUCUCACCAUAUACAUGUACUGAUAAUUCCGGCUAGUAUUUUACACACAUUCACAUGUAUGUGUGUGUGAUUGUGUGCAGAUCCACGGUGAAAUACUACUCGGGUGUAUCAAUGUUUUGGUUUUACUUUCCGCCUUUACCCUUUUUCGUUUAAGUUUACAUAUUUGAACCAUUAACUGUAAAUCUAUAAUUAUGAGUUGUAAAAGGCAUUUGUAAGGAUAAAUUUAAUUUCCUUUACUGAAAAUCGAUUGAAUAUUCAAAUUUCA